AUCCUGUUUCUUCUGGUCAGACCAGUCAAAGUCCUGAUUUUACGAUGAAACAAUGCAAAACAUGCUUAACACUGCCCAAAGCUGAGGAGGACACUGAUGACCCGUUACUAUCAUUUGAAGUUGGAGACAGAGUGUUAGUAAAGCAAACCAAGCCUGGAACCCUAAUGUUCAAAGGACGGACUCAGUUUGAUAGUGGCCAUUGGGCUGGUGUUGCACUUGACAAAGCUGAAGGUGAUCAUGCUGGAACUUACAAAGGGGUGAAGUAUUUUGAGUGUGCUCAAAACUGUGGUAUCUUUGUCAGACCUGAUGAGAUUUCACACCUGAUAGCAGCUAACAAAAAUGGUUCCAAAUCCACUAGGGAUGAAGACUCUGACUCAUGUGAUGAUGAGUCCUUCAAAGGAGAAGGCAAAUACUCUGAUGAGCAGGGAAUAGGGCUUACAGAGAAGCAAGCAGAAGAUACUAGCAGCACAGGAGGAUCAGAGACAAAAGAAAACCAGUCCAGGUUACACACUGCGUUGCUGUCUGCAAAAGGGCAGAAGCUUCCACAUUCUGACCAGUGCAAAUGUAAGAAAUUUCUCUGUCAAAAUAACUUAACGUGCUUGGGAUCAGGCACAUUAAAACCAGACCUGACACAACUAAACCAAAGGAGUUUUGCAGGUGUGUUCCCAACAAAAACUAAGACUGGGAAAUACAAUGAGGUAAGCACAAGAAACAAACUUGCUGAUGACAUUGCAAGUGAACUCUGUAAAAAACUUCUGCUUGACACAUUAAUUGCAUUUUCUGAAACAGCUCAACACAAAUAUAAAAGUGCCUUUGAAAAUGAUGUGAUGAAUUGUGGCAAAGGCAUAAGACAAGAAGACAAUCAGAGACUGUUUGUCCUCAAAGAAAAUUCAGUUGCAGCCUUAUCUGAACGAUCAGCCAAGGUUUCUGAUGUACUGCUGUGUGAUUUCGAUGCGCUCGGCCUUCGUGGCUGUCACACAGCAGCAGAAAGAAUUGUAUCUAAAUUCAUAGAUGAUGCAGUUAAAGAAUAUAAGAAGAUUAAAAGAAAGCAUGGAUCAAAAGCAGACAAGAUAUUUCAUUCAUCUUCAGAGGCUUCUCCAACCACUUUGCCACUCCUCAUAAAAAUCCUUGAUGCUGGCAUUUUUGGAAGCUCUGAAGACUUUGAUCAGCCUAAUUGUGACCAGCAUGUACCAGCGAGACAAACACAAAAGCAGUACCUGUACAACUUAGAUCAGUGGCACUCAGCUCCUUGGAAGAAAACUGUGGAAGUUCCUCUUGUGAUCCCACAUCACAGUUCAUAUGUUAAGAAACUGUCUGCUCAUGCUGUAGAUGAAUUGUGGACCCCAGAAAACAUCUGCUCACAGUUCAGGAGAAUCAGUAUGCCAAAGCACUUUGAAUGCAAUGAUCCCCCAGGGAAUGAUUUGGAAGCAGAAAGCAAGAGGAUAUAUAAUCAGGUUAUAUUUGAUUUGACCCGUGAGCUGCUAUGUGCAAAAUACCAGGUGACUGCAAAGACAAACACAUUUCCAUGGAUGAAGGAAAACUUGGGAUCUCAGUGUUCCAGGCAUCUCUGCAGAACAGAUGUCAGUGAUGUCAAGGUACGUUCUGGGAAGUAUAGUAACAAGGGUCAGUGA